AUGAAUCGUUCAAGUAGAUAUAACGAUUUCGAAUGGGCAAUCAGUCUAAAUCGGUUCAUGCUAAAAAUCGUCGGUUUGUGGCCGCCAGACAAUCGGGACUCGCGUCAAAUUGUAGGACCAAAAUUUCAACGGCUGUGCAGUUUCAUCACAUUACUUUUCGUAAUCACGAUACCAAGCUUAAUAUCAUUGAUAAAAGCAUGGGGAGACAUGGUAUUAAUGAUAGAUAAUAUGCAAUAUUUUCUACUUCUGUCGAUGGCAAUUUUGAAAAUCUGCAUUAUUUGGUACAAACAAGAAGUUUUAGCCCUUCUAAUUGAUAUAAUUGAAGGAGAUUGGGUUAAAGUCAGAAUUAAAGAGGAACGAGAUAUUAUGCUGAGGUGCGCCAGAAUUACUCGAACGAUCACUAUGUGUGGAUUGCUUAUAGUAUUGUUUGUAUUAAUCAUUAUGUUUGGUUUACCAUGUCUCGGAAUGGCAAGGAGAUAUAUUACCAACUUAACUAACUCUGGGAAACAUUUACCGAUACCAACAUACUACCUGCACGAUGUGACCAAGAGUCCGCAGUUCGAGCUGACACUACUGGCACAAAUAGUCGCGACGUUCAUAGGUGGUAUAUCUUAUUCUGCGAUCGACAACUUGUUCGGACUAUUAAUUUUUCACGUAUGCGGUCAAUUAGAAAAUUUAUAUUUGCGGUUGACACAUAUGAAGAAAUUUCCUAACUAUGAUGAAAUUGUGAAAUAUAACGUCCAAGACCACAUUUGUUUGAUCAGAUCUAUCAAAAUCAUUGAUGAUACUUUCUAUUUAAUGUUACUUAGUGUGAUAUUUGCCUUUGCUAUAACAUUUUGCCUCCAAGGAUUUCUCAUAGUUAAUAGUUUUAAACAGAAAGGCGAAUUAUCAGUUAUGCAGUUGGCUUGGUUUGUCGUAGCGACAGUAGCUCUUUCUUUACAUAUGUGUCUUUAUUGUGUCGUUGGUGAAAUUCUAGUAAUACAGAGAUGCAUCCCAAAUGCACAACCAAACAUAAACAAAAAAAUCUAAUAAGAGUUUACGCAAAAUGUUGAUAGCGAAACACACUGUAUCCACAAAUAAACAUAAUUCCUUACAGUAGAAACAAACACAUCCGAGAGACCGAUGGGAAAUAUGUAAUAUAAAAAUAAAGCAAUCUGAAAGCGCGCCAAAAAAUUAAUACGAAAAAAUCUGUUACAAAUAUCUAAAAGGACCGUUGCAAUUUUUUAACCUAAAAUAAAUUUUUGAAAUAUGUCAGAGUUAACUAGAUGGUAUCUCAGUCCCGAUAAUCAUAAAAUUAAAAACCUUAAGCAUAUUUUACGCAAGACAGCGUGUUCGGCGAGUACUUACAAGCUAUGUAAUGCAUUGGAUUUUUCGUACAAAUAGAAAAAAAAAUAAGACAUUUAUUUGAAAUCCAGUAGAUCUUAGGGAGAGAAUAACACAGAAAAAACUAUCAUCAAAGAAACCAAAACACUAGUUAGUAAAACGUUUAUUGAAAGAAAACGUUUUGCCUGAAAAAUUAUCGUGUACAACAGGAAAUGGGACAAAUAGUAUGAGGCGUUAUCCGAUAAAUCUCCGGCGGAAUCGAAUGCACAAGCCGUGAUACGUAUAGGCAAGUAAAACUUUUGCAACAAGAAAGAGACGUAGUCGCAUGUGAAGCUGAAUUUUUCAGAAGAAAAUUAAAAUUUGUGAGAAUGUUUCCACAAACAGAAGAAAAUUUACUGUCUUGGAUAAGUAUUACAAAGCUACAAAAAAAGCUAAUCGGCGAUUACGACGGCAACAAACGUGAUUUUGGUUGAACAUAAACAGAUAAGAACACAACUCUCUUACGACAAUUAAAGCGCGAAAGCACAAGCAAACAGUAAGAUAUCCGGAAAUGCCUAGAAGUAGAAUUAUUUGAAAGGCGACUGGGUUAAAUUAAAUUAUAAGAAUUUUCUACGCAAACUAAAAAAAACAAUGAAUGUCGAUGCAUUCCACUCGCUUAUGUGCUCGUAAUUAUUAUACAUGCCUUAACUGAUUUUGCCGUUGCGCGAUAACCAAUAGCCAUCUUAUAACACGCACUAAUCAUCAUGUGAUUCGUCAUAGAGAAAUACACGGCACAACAAAUGAGAUUCCUGGCGCCGCUGAAAGAUAUGCAGGUAGAAAGACGUCCGCCCUGGCAUCCUUCAUUUUCAGUGUAUAAACGGUAUGGAAAUAGUCGAAUGUACAUAGCGCGCACGCGAUGGAAACAUAAACGUUAAAAAUAGUCCACUCCAUGCAAUACUGUUUUCAUUCAAGUUUCACACUUCACUUCACGCAAUGAUAGAAGAGACCAUUGUAAAACCAUUAUUUCACGAGAAAACACCUCGCCUUAAAUACAACACUUAUAAAAUUCCGUUGAAUUCAAAUGCGUCCAUCUUACACGCAUUGUACAAGUCAGACACAUUAGCGCUAAACAUCGGCACCGCGUCUUCUACGUCUUUCUUCGUACGUUGCUGUAUUUCAUCUGUCCGCUGAAAAUUACCGUGCGACUAAAGACUCGUCAAUAGUACUGCGCCAAGUGCUGCCUCAGUGGCAACCCCUUCUUCCAACGAUCCAACUAGCAUGGUAAAGAAUGUCCACAAGCUGUAGACUUCCCAUGGCAUUAUUAAACUUUUCAACGGUCUCUUUCGCAUCGUCAUAUAAAAAAUUCUUCGCGUGCAUGCUCGCAACUCUACAAUUACAAAUGCGCGGAAGUAAGGAGGAAAAACACGAAAUAUCGAAUGUGAUGGGUGUUUCUAACAAUGGACAGUACGUUACGUACCUUCACGCGAUUAUAAUUUAUUCACUCACUCCAUUGGCUACCAAAAGCGUCAACAAUAGGAUACACACUUAUGUUUAUUCUGAUUACUGAAAUAUUUAUAAAAACGACAACACAUACAUACAAUGAACUUUGGUCUUUCGACCAUUUUCUUUUAAGAGUAUAUGUAACGAAUGGAGACGACUUAUUCUCGGAAAUACGAGAUUUCGAAUGGGCAAUCAGUCUAAAUCGGUUCAUGCUAAAAAUCGUCGGUUUGUGGCCGCCAGACAAUCGGGACUCGCGUCAAAUUGUAGGACCAAAAUUUCAACGGCUGUGCAGUUUCAUCACAAUACUUUUCGUAAUCACGAUACCAAGCUUAAUAUCAUUGAUAAAAACA